AUGGCUAGAUCAGGUAUUGCUGUUGGUUUAAACAAGGGUCACAAGACCACCGCCAGGGAAGUCGCCCCAAAGAUCUCUUACAGAAAGGGUGCUUUGUCCAAGAGAACUGCUUUCGUUAGAUCUAUUGUCAGUGAAGUUGCUGGUUUAGCUCCUUAUGAAAGAAGAUUGAUCGAAUUGAUCAGAAACGCUGGUGAAAAGAGAGCUAAGAAGUUGGCUAAGAAGAGAUUGGGUACCCACAAGAGAGCCUUGAAAAAGGUUGAAGAAAUGCAAAGGGUCAUUGCUGAAUCUAGAAAGCAUUAA